AUGACAUCUACUAUGCCAACAGACAGGAACGAAGAGCGGAGACGAAGGGUGCUCUUAGGCCCUUUGCCAGCUGGUUUCCUCCGAGCUGAUGGAGCGACAGAUACCGUUGAUGCAGACUAUCAAGCUGCAUUAGCUCUUCAGCAGCAACUUAGUGGGGCUACAGUCCCACCUGCAGGCCCACCUCUGACAGCAAGGCUUAGCAUAACAAUAGCACAGGCUAAGCUUUCCAAAAAUUAUGGGUUGACCCGUAUGGAUCCCUACGUGCGCCUACGCGUGGGCCACUGUAUAUACGAGACCCACACCGACCCCAGCGGUGGCAGGACGCCCCGGUGGAACAAGGUCAUUCAUUGCCUGCUGCCUCCUGGAGUGAACUCCGUCUAUUUGGAGAUCUUCGACGAAUGCUCUUUUACGAUGGACGAGCUGAUUGCCUGGGCACACAUCACCAUACCUCCAGCUGUGCUGCAGGGUGAGACAUUCGACAACUGGUUCUCUCUGAACGGCAAGCAAGGAGAUGGGAAGGAAGGAGUCAUCAACCUAGUUCUCAGCUAUUCUGUGGGUCCGGCGGCGGUGGCGACGUUCCCCCCGAUGUUGGUGGUGCCGAGUACCGGCAUGGGGUACGCGGCCAUGCCCAUGUACUCGGUCCCGCAGCCGCAGCCACUCAUGCCGCCACAGCAACCCCCGCCGCCACCCAUUACUGCUGAACAACUGCAACAGAUUGAGGAAAUGUUCCCGAGUAUGGACAAGGAAGUCAUUAAAUCGGUGCUCGAAGCCAACGGCGGCAACAAGGAUGCUACAAUCAACUCACUACUGCAGAUGUCAGAAUAA